AUGGCGGCGAGCCUGGGGGCGAUGGUGGCGGAGCUCAAGCGCCUGGCGCCGCGGCUGCGCGACUACGAGCCGAGCGACGAAUCCUGGCAGCUGGCUGAGAAGAAGGCGCUGGAAGCUCGCGACCAGGUGGAGGCGCUGCUGCGCUCGGCUGAGGGCGUGGCGCAGCUGCGGGGCAGUGGCGCGCUGCAGGACAUGAAGAGUCUCGUGCCGGACGUCACGCGGGAGGAGAUCGCAGAGCUCAAGGUGUCAGACUUCGUGCUGGGCAUGAUCUUUGAGAAACCCUUCGCGGUGUUCGAGCGCGUGUACCGCGGAUUCGGCGCGGAGUACGCGAAGGAGCUGUCGAGCGAGGCGCGCAAAAGUUCGAACCUCAUCAAGUCCUCUUAUGUGUACGGCGAAAUCCUGUUUUUCCCCUUCGCUGACAUCAUCCGUUGGGUGGCUCCGUCACUUCCUGAGUUUCCCAUCUUCUACGACCUGGGCUCUGGCACCGGUAAGGCGGUGAUUGCGGCCAGCUUGGUGCAUCCGUUUGACCAGGCUAUUGGCAUCGAGUUGCUGGAGCCUCUGGUGCACUGCGCCGAAAAGCGGAAGGCCGCUUUAGAAAAGCUGAAGACUCCUCUGCUGAAGACGGAUAUCGAUUUCAUUACCGGCAGCCUUCUCACGACCAAGUGGGAGGACGGCGACGUUGUGUUUUGUCACGGCACUUGCUUCAAUGACAAGGAAUGGGCCCAGAUUUCUCUGGCAACUGAAAAGCUCAAGCAGGGGGCGUUUUUCAUCUCGACGACGCACGUCUUGCGUACGGGUCUGUUUGAAGUGGUCAAGAGCGUCAACUUCACGAUGAGCUGGGGGACGGCUACCCGUCGGCGCAAAAUUGGUCGCUGGGCUGCCCAAAUGCUGCGAGGCGGCCACUCCACGCGCACCGAUCUCUUGCAGCAGCAGCGGUCAUCGAACCAAGAGAAGGAGGAAGGCAAGGUUGCGCCACCUAGUGACGACAUGAACAGCGCCAGAAAGGACGAGUAA